AUGGGUAUAGAGGAGCGGUCUGCCUUGACAGCACCCCUUCUCAUGCUGGCCUACGACGUAGAAGCGGCAAUGGCGUCGGCAAUAGUGAAGACUCCUUCACUAACGUCUAGUAAGAAAGCCACGCCGCGCUCUUCAAUAAGUGAGAAAGGCUCGGUUCCCUCGACCAGCAAGGAACCCAUGGCAGGAGUUGACAAGGCCACGCCGCAGGAUGAAGAGAAAGUCCCGCCUCCUUCGCGCGCUAUCUCGCCAGGUGUUCCGCCUUCGCCCGCUAAGAGCACUCAAAAGAAUAUGCCCAUUAUCGGGUUGGCGGCGUUCGUCGUUAUGAUCGUUGGCGUGCUGGUCGUCAUGGUGCUGCUGCGACGCCGAACCACCUCGGGUCAUGGGGGCAGUGACACGGACAGUGACUCGUUGACCACGUGCCACUCCGAACCAUGCGCGCACGUCGCCAGAUUGCUGUCCGAGAGCAUAUCGGCGGACUCCGAGCCCUGCGACGACUUUUACGAGUAUGUGUGCGGCAACUGGAAUCAUAUGGGAAGUCAGGGUGAUGUACUCUUCCAAAAGCUUGUCGACGAAGUCACGGAGCUCGCUCGUAAUGUGCGUGUGCCGGUGGCAGGACAGACAGCGGUGCAGAAGGCAGCACUGGCAUAUCAGGCAUGCGAAAACAUUGUCGCCCAGAACAACACGUCUCUGACCACUGUCAUGCGCAUCCUCAAACAGGCCGGAUUCUACUCGCCGCCCGCAUGGACAGGGCCGGUCAACGCUCUCAACUCAACGUUCUUCUUGGGCGUCCGGUGGAGCAUCGCCGCUCCCGUAAAGCUCACGUACGCACAACCCACUGAUCGAGGAAUCACCCUGAGAAUGGCUCCCAGCGAGUCGCUGAAGGCAUACGUUCACAGGAGGAAGAAGCCGGACUUCUACGCAAAGAUGAAAGACGAUUACGAUGCUUUAAGUACUAUAGAUAAGGACCCAAAAAUUGAUUACAACGCGUGGAUGCAAAUUGACAAGGACGUGAUUGAGGAGACGCAGCAGAAGUUGCAGACGGUAGCCUUGGGCAAUGACUUCGCCGGCUGGAACGAGACUACCAUCGAGAACGCGAUUCAGAAUGUGUCACAGCAACAGUGGGUGAGCCUUCUUAAAGAUUACUUUGGCCGCUACAACGAAUCACUGAGGUUUUAUGUGGACUCACUGUACCUAUUCAGGAAAUUUAUGCAGUUACCAGAUGCAGUUGGUGCUCAGAAGGCGCAGGCCUAUUUUAAGUGGUACAUGGUGGAAAUCUUGGCGACAAAAGUGUAUGCACCCUGGGUCAUCAGAGAAUUCCAGACUUACGAGGAGGCGCUAAACUAUCAGUAUCGCUUGUGCUUCGUAAUUGUAGAGCAAACAGCCAGCUAUGCGUUUUUAGCACCAUAUGUCACAAUGAUGUUCACUGAUGAAGUGAGGGAUGACAUUAGGCAACUCUUGCAGAAAGUGCGUCGAUCUUACAGCUCCGUGUUCGCCGACAUCAACAGCCUGCAGUCAAGCGUCCGAAUGCUGCCUUCCUACGCUAACAGCACUGGACGCAUUUUUGAGCUGCUGCAGCUUACAGAGGAGCAUUCUCUCGAGGAAAACUAUGCACACUACGAAGACAUGACCUCGGAUCCCCUCGAGAAUUGGAGGCGACUAGUGCGAGGUCGGAGCAGUUCCUUCUGGAGUCGCGUGUCGAUGGGGACGGCUGACGCGCUUCCGUCGGACCUGCUAUAUUACGAGGUCGAAAGUAUGUUCUACGACUUCAGCUUGCGACCAGAUGUGGCCGUGUUGCCCGCCUACGACAUACGCGCACCCAUUUUGCUGAAGCUCGCCAGCUUAGGUUCUCUUAUGGCGUCCGCUAUGGCGAAGGUGUUGUACGCGUCACAGAUGAACAAGAAGAAUUGGCACGCGACGGCUGAGUGCAUUCUCCAGCAGCCGAUGCAAAAACAGCAGCAGCAGAACAACAACACGCACGAUGCGGAGACCGGGCAGGUUGUUUUCCUCGAGCGCGCGAUUGCCAUAGCGGUUAUUGACUCUGCAGCUAGGUCACAGGUGGAAGAGAGUGAAUCGGCGGUGGCUCUUCCAGGCAUGCCUGAGCUUCCCGGUAUGAAGCUUCUGUACGCCGUUUGGUGCUACCAACAGUGUGGCGAGAAAGAAGGAAAGCGAUUGUGCAACGAACCACUCAAGGAACUGAGUUUCUUUGGAGACACUUUCAAAUGCGGCCCCGACGCAGCGAUGAGAAAGUCAGAUCCUUGCACGGCAGCAUGGUUUAACUUUGAUCCCCAAGCACGAUAG